UUCAACUCUGGCUGGCUGGCGCUUGCCGCUCCGUUGGGCUGCGGCCACGGGUGACGGCCAACAGCCGGUGCUGCGCCAAAAUGGCCACUGCAGCUGUGCCGCCUGCAGUGACGCACCGAGCUGCCCAGUGCGCAGCGUGGGCUGAUCUCGGCCGACCGGCUGCCCCACGGAUCCUCUCCCCAGCGUGACUGCCAACACAAAUACACACACGAACACGGCUCCCUGUGCGCCGAGCCGGAUCCGCCAGUUGAGCUCGGGCCUGGUCGGGCACGAGCGGGCAAUCACUGUCCGACGGCCGUGUGAGCGGGUGACGGCCGGUGCUGGCGGGCACCCUGUGGUACUUCAGGGCAGCAGAGACACCUCUGACCCACUGAACACUCAGACCGACAGGCAUGGCGCAGCGACCGGCGAGACGCAUCUGCCUGCUUUACUUAGGAGUCGUGAUGGCGUCUGCGGUGGUCGAAGCUGACCCAGCCUCCUCUGAACUGACCAAGUGUCAGUUCAGUAGAAAGGAGCUGCAUACUACCGUCAGAUCUGCGGCUGUGACGGCGCUCACCGGCAUCUGUGACCCAGUGGAGAUGGAGGCACGUCUCACUGGGAUGGAGCAGCGCCUGAAACACCAGAUAGAGGAGCUCAAAGAAACACUCACCAAGCUCUUCAUUGACGGCGUUGCAUACGACUACGAUGACGGCGAUGUGCCAUUGGAGCAGCACCCGUACACCGGAGCCGCCAGUUCCCAGGCCGCCUCCGAAACGGCCUCCAGAACCGUCAUCGGCACUGCGGGCUCCGCCGAACGCCGCUCCGGCACCGAACGUGUUGGAAGUGGUGCCACACUUCGUCAGCAUGGCGGCUUCGAGGCGUACAAUGAAAUAAAAACUGCCGCCGACAAUAGCAGGACGUCGUCUGUGACCAGAGCUGAAUUAGAGCGUCGGACCGCCUCGUCUGUCACGGCAGGAACGACAGCGGUAGCUGGAGCCCAUUCUGCGGCAGGUGCAGCUCACAGGGCUCAGUCGACAGGUGCUGGAGCCGCUGGGACACAGGCGGACGGAUCCAGAUCCGGGACCUCCCAUAGCUACACACACAGGUGGACCAGUUCGUCACGAUCCCAAAACUCUUCCCAGGGUUCAGAUGGGACUGUCGUUGGCGCCGAACAGGCCACAGGAAGCUCCGAUGGCAGGUCUGGGAGUGGAACCUCUCAAGAGCAGGCUCUCACGCGUGGUGCUUCCGUAAGCUACACUGCCGCAGCGGUCGAGGAGGGGGUGGUGGAAACAGGCGCAACGCAUAGUGCGGGAUCCCGGAGGUCCUCCUCGCACGCUCACUCACACAGAUGGAGCGCGUCUUCCGGAGGGGCGUCUCGUGAGAAUCAAACUAGUGACGAAGCCUCCCAGGGUGGUCUAAGAUCCUCGCAGGAGGUCGGUGUCGAGGGGGAGGCAGGACAGCACCGUGGGGCGUCCUCUCACCGGUACUCGUACGAGAGAACAGCUUCUUCCACUUCACGAGGGGUGUCAGGGUCAGCUGCUGCUGGCUCCCAAGAGGCCAGAGCUAUUGGUGCUGCUGAUUCUUCCCAGAGAAGAGAUUCGCAGGACUACGAUAGAUCCGCUGAAGGUCGUAACUAUUUGUACGAGAGAACUGCAUCCGCAUCCCAUUCGUCAUCAGGUGUCACUGCUGGUGAAAGGGAACAGAAAGCCAGGGCAAUAGGCGACACUUCCGAGUACGGAGGUGAUCAAGACGCGCAGCGCUACGGGUCAGCCAGAUCAGAAUCUCGUCAUCAUAACUACGAGAGGAGGACCUCCUCGCGGGGAUCUGCCGAAGACGCUACCCGGAGACAAUCCCAAGCAUCAAGAGCCAUCGAUGGUACGGAGAACUCACACACCGGCACAAGGCACUCCAGCGGCCAUCGCUCCUCAUCCCAGCACUACGCUCAGGGGAGAAGCAGCUCUUCACGGAGCUCCUCCGCGGAAGCAGGCGAGACGCCGUACGUGGAUUUCGGGCCCGGCGGCGGCCCCGAGCAGCAGAGCUGGUUCCCCGGCACCUCCCGUACCACGGCCGGCACCGGUGUGCCCGACCUGGCCACCGCCUCCACGGCUCGCACCGGCGGCUUCGGCUUCGGCGCCGUCGGCGAGCCGCUGGAGGAGGGGGCGCUGAGGUCCUCCGUGGCGCGCGCCCGCGCCGGAGGCUCACAGGCCAGCAGCGGUGACGGGACGGUGGUGUUCAGGGACGGACAGACGUACGCCACAUCACAGGAGGCCCGCCGGCCGGGAAGCGUCGCCGGAGGGGACAGCAGCCAGUACGCCACCUACAACGCGUCCUGGUCGUCCUCGGGGGAGCGCCAGGUGACUGCGUACGACGCCAGCAGCGCCAGCAGACCCGAGGGCACCCAGGUGCGGUUCAUGGCCUCCUACACGCCGACACAGAGCCCCGGCGGGUACACUGCCUUCACGGGUCAGCAGAGUGGCGGCGGGUCCGGCUGGCACCGGUCGCGUCACUCCCGCGGCCGCUCGCGCUCGGCCCGACGCCGAGCCAUGGCGCGUCGCCGAGCCACCGACACUGUUAGUUCCGUCACUGGCGGAGAGAGCGCGCCACUGUCGCGCUACCUCGAGAUCGGCCAGUACAACGACACCGUGUAUGAAGCCGAGGACGGCAAACAGCGCUACUCCUACUACUGGGAGAUCAAUGACUUCCGCACGAUGAUGGCGACAUGGGAGAACCACCACUCGCUGCGCAGCCCCAGUUUCUACGUGUUCCGAGGCGGCUACAGGAUGUACAUCAGGGUGUUCCCGAGUCGCCAGGGAGGCAACGUGUACCUGCACACGGGCCUGACCCAGGGAGAGUACGACGACCAGCUGCAGUGGCCGUUCGAGAUGCGGCUGCGCCUCUCACUGCUGGACCACUCGAGUCUGCAGCACGACAUCCGCAGCAGGAUCUGGGACCCGCGCCGGCUCUGCUCGCGCUGGAACUGGCAGAAGCCCCGUCGCAGGGACAACUUCGAGUGUGUCGGCCUCGGCUUCCCGCAGAGUCUGCUGGAUACGCAGCGGUUCCUGCUGGACGGCGCCGUGCUCAUCAAGCUGGAGGUGUUCCUCGAGGACUGAGAGUGUGGUACAGGAUGCUGCAGAAUGCCAAGCGCUGCUGCUUCAGAGGGAAAUGGGCACGAAUAGAUUGGUCAUUAGCAAUGGCACUGAGGGCAGAUGUUUGUGUUUGUUUGAGCAAGACAAAGUGGAUAAUGUUUAACAAGCCAAUGACGAUGCCAUCAUGGAUGUCAAAGUAUAUUGUGCGGUUGCUGUGUAUUGCGAACUGUUAGCUAUCAAGCCAAAACGAGUGGUGUUUGCCUGGAUAUAAAACUUGUGCUUCGCAUUGGUACGCAUAUAUAUUACUGCAUGUCCGUUAUGACUUUUGAAACUAUGGUUUUAUCGAUAGUUGAUGUAUGUAACUUCAAACUACUUAUAAUAAAUAUGUACUUACAUUUCAA